AUGGCCUGGCGCCCUGACAACGUGCGGAAAUGGUCAACCCUGGCGCUGCUGGCCAUCAUAGGCACAGCCCUGACAGCGGCCACCAACCCUGGCUUUGUGGCCGUGAUCUCCCAGAAGGGUCUGGAUUUCGCGUGCCAGCAGGGUGUGGCUGUGCUAAAGAAGGAACUGCAAGGCAUCAGCAUCCCUGACUUUUCUGGAGAAAUCCUUAAGACGAAGCACCUGGGGCGAGGCUACUACAACUUCUACAGCAUGGCUGUGGAAGGGUUUCAGAUUCCUAGUCCUCAGAUCAAGCUGAUGCCCAGUGACAGCCUUCAGCUGUCAAUCAAUGAUGCCAGCAUCAAGAUCAGUGGAAAAUGGAAAUCCAGGAAGAACUUCCUCAAAGGCAGCGGCAAGUUUGGCUUGAGCAUCCAGGGUGUUUCCGUCUCCGCUGACCUGAAGCUGGGCACUGACUCCUCAGGUCACAUCACUGCCACCUGUCCCACCUGCAUAGGUCACGUCAACAACAUCCGUGUCCAAGUCUCAGGUGGCAUGCUGGGGUGGCUGAUCCAACUGUUCCACAAGAAAAUUGAGACUUCCCUGAAGAGCGCCAUUUACAAGAAGAUCUGCAAGAUCGUGAGCAGCUCUGUGUCCUCCAACCUGCAGCCCUAUCUGCGGACUCUUCCAAUGAUAGCUAGAGUGGAUGACGUAGCUGUGAUUGACUACAGUCUGCUGGCACCUCUGAAAAUCACAGCCGAGUUCCUGGAGGGGCAGCUAAAGGGGCAGUUUUUCUGGCGGGAACAACAACACCCAUUUCCCAUUGCCCCACCUUCAAUGAGUUUCAGCCCCAGCCAUGACCACAUGGUGUCCCUGGGCAUCUCCAACUACUUCUUCAGCACCGCAGGAUUUGUAUACCAAGAGUCUGGAGCCUUGCGAAUAACUCUGAGGAACCAAAUGCUGCCAAAGGAUGCCAGAUUCCGGCUGAACACUGAGUUCUUUGGGACCUUCCUGCCCAAGGUGGCCAUGAAAUUCCCCAGCAUGGAGGUGCAGCUAGUGAUGUCGGCUUCCUUGCCUCCUCAUGUGAGCAUACAGCCCUCAGGCCUCUCACUCGACCCUGCCAUGGAGACCCAGGCCUUUGCGGUUCUCCCCAACUCCUCCCUGGUUCCUCUCUUCCUGCUUGGCAUGAAGACAAAUGCCUCUUUGGAAGUGGAUGCCAAAGGAAACAAGCUUGUCGGAGAGCUGAAACUAGACAAGCUAAUGCUGAAACUGAAGAACUCUAACAUUGGCUCCUUUCAGGUGGAGUUACUGGAGGCUGUCAUAAACUACCUGAUGCCCACAACGGUGCUGCCCAAGAUCAACGAGAGGCUGCACCGAGGCUUCCCUCUCCCUUUGCCGGCUGGGGUCCAUCUCAACAACGUCAUGUUUCAUUCCUAUGAGAAUUUCCUGGUGCUUGAAGCAGAUGUCUACGAGACCUGAGGUCACCGUAGGCCCUGGGGCCAGGGAGUUCUGCAGCUGCUCCCGAGGGGCCACCACACUCACGGUCCCGGAAUCCUUUAG